CCGCAUGGCAGUUUUCUUGACUGCUCCAAACACAGAGCCUUUAAAUCAAAUUAAAGCAUAUAAUUAAGUUUUCAAGAAGGAAAAAAGCCGCAGCAGUUGUAGGGUUUGCUCUCCCAAGAAAAAAAAGAUAUACUAAUUUGAGAAUUGCGUGUAUCUUUCAGAGCUGCUUCAUGAGAACAUGAACUGAUUUAUCAUUGAUUUAUCAACCAAAUUAUAUAACGUCAUUCAGAUCAAUUCUAUACAGCAAACCUUGGUUUUCAUACACCCCGGUUUUCGACCAAUCGUCUCUGAAGUCAGCGUAACAAGUUCCCAAACCCCACGUGUUGUUGACUCACUGUUUUAUUCUGACUGUAAAAUAACCCACCACGGGGCCCAAGAAAGUUACGCGUGUUAGAAGGUGCUAAAUACAAUUUAAUUUGAUGUCUGCAUCAACAAUAAGUUCCACUUAUUCCACUUAAGUUUUUGCAUGUAAAAUUGUAAUUAUUCUCUAUAAAAAUAUUUUUGUUAGUAUUGUUGGGUGUCUGGAACUGAUUCAUGGAUUUACAUUACAUUCACUUAUACAUAUAAAUAUCAUAGAUAUAAAUACCUUGUGGUCGUUUUCAUGGCUUCACUAAACAUGAUCUCUUCUAUUGUGCAGGUGAAUCAUCACCUCUCUUUUCCUCUCAUGCAAAAAAAAAAAAAAAACCAAAACAUAAAAUAUUUUUAGGGAUCGGGCGUUCGGGUUGGAAAAAAACAUAUAAAGUUAAUUAUUAGUAUCAACCACAUUCUGCCUUUUUGCUCUAUAAUUCAAUUUUUUUGGUGUUUAAUUCUAUUUCUAGCCCUGUGAUUGGCUGGCGACCAGUCCAGGGUGUACCCCGCCUCUUGCUCGAAGACAGCUGGCAUAGGCUCCAGCACCCCCGCGACCCUCGUGAGGAAAAAGCGGUAGAAAAUGAAUGAAUUCUAUUUCUACAUUGUGCCACGGGCCAAUAAAUAACAAACUAUGGGCCACAAAUGGCCCUUGGGUCACACUUUGGACACCCCAGUCUUAUAGUGACUUCUCUGAUCACGCUGGAGUUUUACUGUUUUUAGUGUGUUUGCUUACCUUAAACACUUUUUCUAAUGAGGAUCUCAAAGAAACGCUUAAAACCACGUGUACCUGUGGUGAGGUGGCAGCUGAAGUAAACUUAGGAUCAAUUCUGAUCUCUAAGACACGACGGCUACCAUAAAACUGACUAUCCAUUCAUCUAAUAUCUUCCACUUUUCCAUCGUUCAUGUGGCCCCCUGAUUCAUUAAACGGGAUGAUUCUUUAAGCCUAAUACUAAUAAAAGGAAUCAAACUGUGGGAACAUAGCAUGUCCAUCCAUGGCUCCCCAUCUUGUGUCAAAUAUUUCCUGUUUAAGUUUUCCAAAGCAGCACACGGAAGGUCGAGCAGCUACAGUUUCAUAUUUACUUUUCACAUUUCUGGUCUUCAAAAAUACAUUGCCCCUGGUUAUGGCUGACCUUGUGUGCUGGUGCAUGAGGACAUACUGUAUAUGUGUGUGUAGUACGUCCUUAUUGUAAUACUCACGUCAUUAAUCUCUUCACACAACAUAGUCAAAAAGACAAACCCCAACACACAUACACACAUACACACGCUGCAUCUGGAAAUCAUAACAGGGAGAUCCCCGUCCUGUGAUUGUAUAUGUGGGCGAGAGAGCAGGAAGGGGUUAAAAUGGCUGAAACGUUUGGGGAAGGCAGAACCCAUGCUGGCUUGGAUCCCGCCCUCUUUCUUAGCGCUGACCUCAGACUCAAACUUGUUCCCCUUGUGUGUGAUACACACACACACACACACACACACACACACACAUACGCACUUGCUGGGUCACAUGCCCAUACACACAUAUACACACAUUUACACACAUAUACACACAUAUAGUGUUUAUAUCUACACGCACAUUCUGCUGAGAAGUGACCGGAAGGAAAGGAAGGACCUGUUUGUGUUUGUUGUGUGAUUAAAAGGUGCAGCAGCCGAAGGGGAGCGGAGGAAGCAGAGUGAAAUAGAAGAAGAGCGAGAGAGAGCGAGAGAGAGAGAGAAAGAGAGAGAGAGAGCAGACACAUCCAAAGGCAGAAGGGGGGCGAGGGCAGCAGCGCCACAUUUAGACCUGAAGCAAAGACGAGAUGCACACCGGGGACCCAUUAAUGGAGCACCACUGAGUGGGAUGCAAGCCUUUCUUUUUAAACCUGCUGCGGGGCAGAAACAAGACGGACAGCAGGAAGUGGGCUGCUGACACUCGAGGAAUCCAGGUGCUCAGGAAGUCAUUUAUUCCAAAUUCAUUCCCAGCAUGGAUUGCAUCACCCGAGUCGGACCGGCUCUGCUCGGGGACCACUGCUCCUAGAACCUGGGGGGGGGGGGGGGGUCCACUCCCGCCAGGGGGAAUGACAACUCCAGAGAAGGUGCAGAGAGCCGGACGAACGAGGAACCUGCCUGGGGUUUCCAGGCAUGAGAGCAGCCCCGAGCCGAGGAGAAGAAGCCAGCGGUCCAGAGCAGGAGGCUGACGACUGACGAAGGAAUCAUGAGUGUGCCAACCAACUGUGGGUUCUGUUACUCCAUGGAGCGGACUAUCACCGUGCGGAGCGGGAACAUCUGGGGAUCACCGUGUGCCGUCAACAGGCCCAUUGACAUCAUACAGAAACACAGGCGCUUUGACGUGGAGAAUGGAUUGUCAGUGGGGCGCAGUCCCUUGGACCCUCAGGCCAGCCCGGGUUCUGGUCUGGUCCUCCAGGCCAACUUUCCCCAUAGUCAGCGGCGGGAAUCUUUCCUCUACCGCUCGGACUCUGACUUCGACUUGUCCCCCAAGGGUCCUUCCAAAAACUCCUCCACUGCAACUGACCUGGAAGAAAGCUUGAAGCACUGGGAGGUCAACUGGUUAUCAUCUCGACAUACAGAAGACAUGAUUGUCACACCAUUUGCACAGGUCCUCGCCAGCCUGAGGACAGUCCGCAGUAAUUUUGCGGUCAUCACCGGCCAGCAAGAUCGGCCAGCCAGCAAGACACGAUCAUCUGGCAGCAACCCGCCAUCCAUGUGUAAGACCAGUCUCGCAGAGGAGCCCCACCAGCAGUUGGCUAUUGAGACUCUGGAUGAGCUGGACUGGUGCCUUGAACAACUGGAGACCCUGAAGACCCGACACUCUGUCAGCGAGAUGGCGUCCAACAAGUUCAAGAGGAUGCUGAACCGAGAGCUCAGCCAGCUGUCAGAAACCAGUCGCUCUGGGAACCAAGUCUCUGAGUUCAUCUCUAGUACCUUCCUAGAGAAGCCACAUGACAUGGACAUCCUGGCUCCAACCACCAAGGAGGAGAAGAAGAAGCGACCCAUGUCCCAGAUCAGCGGUGUCAAAAAGGCCACGCACAGCCCCAGCCUUGCACCCUCUACCAUCCCUCGCUUUGGGGUCAGCACCAGCAAGGAAGGUCUCCUUGCCAAGGAAUUGGAGGACAUUAACAGAUGGGGGAUUGACAUCUUUAAGAUCUCAGAGUAUUCUGGCAAUCGUCCACUCACGGUCACCAUGUACACCGUUUUCCAGGAACGCGACCUUCUCAAGUCUUUCAAGAUUCCGACAGACACUUUCAUCACAUUCAUGAUGACUUUGGAGGAUCACUACCAUGCAGACGUGGCGUAUCACAACAACAUCCACGCCGCCGACGUUGUCCAGUCCACACACGUGCUGCUUUCCACGCCUGCACUAGAGGCUGUGUUCACCGAUUUGGAGAUCCUCGCUGCUCUGUUUGCCAGCGCCAUCCAUGAUGUGGAUCACCCUGGAGUUUCCAACCAGUUUCUCAUUAACACCAAUUCCGAGCUGGCGUUGAUGUAUAAUGAUUCGUCCGUGUUGGAGAAUCACCACUUGGCAGUUGGCUUCAAGCUUCUGCAGGAGGACAACUGUGACAUCUUUCAGAAUCUCAGCAAGAAACAGAGACACUCACUUCGUAAAAUGGUCAUCGACAUGGUGUUAGCCACUGAUAUGUCCAAACACAUGAACCUGCUGGCAGACCUAAAAACCAUGGUGGAGACCAAGAAGGUUACCAGUUUAGGCGUUCUGCUGCUGGACAAUUACUCAGACCGCAUACAGGUUCUUCAGAACAUGGUGCACUGCGCUGACCUGAGUAACCCCACCAAGCCGCUGGAGUUGUACCGACAGUGGACUGACAGGAUCAUGGUGGAGUUCUUCACCCAAGGGGACAGGGAACGAGACAAGGGCAUGGAGAUCAGCCCCAUGUGUGACAAACACAACGCCUCCAUUGAGAAGAGCCAGGUGGGUUUCAUUGAUUAUAUCGUUCAUCCUCUGUGGGAGACGUGGGCCGACCUUGUUCACCCCGAUGCACAAGAGAUCCUUGACACGCUGGAGGACAACAGAGAGUGGUACCAGAGCAUGAUCCCCCACAGUCCCUCACCCAACCCUGAAGAACCACAGGAAGGAGGUCUUACUGGUGAAGCUUCUGGCUUUUGUGUCGGCGGCAGCACCGCAUCCACCGACAAGUUCCAGUUUGAGUUGACCUUGGAGGAGGAGGAGGGAGAGUCGGAUACUGAGAGCCCGCCCGAGGAAGAGGAGGGCUGCGGCAGUUACAGAGGGACUGAAGUGUCCAGAACUGAUUCUGGUGGCGGAUUUGAUGCUCACCCACCUCCCACAACGAUCACUACUGAUGCAACAAGGACGUUUUCUGAUAAAGACAUGGCAGCACAAAGAGGGACAGACCCCGAAGCGCCGUCUGGGGUAUCAGACAUCAGACUCGACUCAUAGCACCCAUCCCAAGUUCCUUCAGCCAUUUCUUUUGUGUUUAUUUUUCAUCUUGAUUUCAGUGCCUCCUCCUUUAUGACUCUUCGACACCCCCUCUCCCACUCCACACCACUUUCACCGUCGUUUCCACAGACAGGGUGCCUGCAGCAGCAACUCGGGUUGUGAGGUGCUGAGAAGGAGGCCUGCAGUUGAAGCACUAAAGGAAAGCAGAUAGACUUGAGGCCACUAGAGGACAGGAAUCAGGUUGCUGACUGGUCCUCUCUGUUGUGUCAGUGAGGCACACUGUGGAUAUUCCACUGAGACUAUUGUCCACCACGAAUGAAUUGUCUUCCUCUUUCUAGCGUUUUUAUAAACAAGGCGAGGAAGCGAUGAGUGAUAUGAGAUCACAAUGACAUCAGAUACUUGAAAAUGUUUCACCUUUCAUUCAAGAGUCCUCUUCGGUUUUGAUCCGUUGACUCGUUUGUGUUUUGCCUGACUUUUAAUGUUGCUUUUUAUUUCGGGCCACAGUCAAAUUGAUGCAAGCAAAGCACAUGCAGAUCAGAGCUAUGCACACUGUAACGUAGGAAGCGUGAAAUGUAGCAGACAUUUUUGAGUGACUGCUGUAUAUGAGCUUGACUAAAAGAAUAAUUUAAACAAAACGAAAUUAAUUCAAUUCAUUUACUUUAAAUCUCUAAAGCCCUGAACGCGUCAUACUGUCAGAAAUGAGCCAAACAAGACAGUCAGGGACUAACGUCCAAAGCAAUGUGGUCUGUGUGCAUGGUGCCACCUAGUGUUGAAAACUAGUACAAGAUUAUUUGCACGGCUUGCAUGGAACAUAUAUUCAAAAUGUGUUCCCCUGCAGCGCCCCCCCACCCAACCCCCAUGCAAAUAUCAUCUGCUUCUGCUUUGUUACUAUUUAAAUGAUAUUUGCUUUUAUUUUAAAGUCUAUAUUUUGACACCCAUUGUAUCAGUUUGCCUUCAGGUUUGAGCACUUUAGAGUUUUAUUUAAGGCUGGCCCCUCAUUGUAAUUGGGAAGGGCUUUGAUUCAAACCACAAGCACAUGGAGGCUGCUGACUGAAAGACUAAAUGGCUGGAGAUCAUGCAAACACUACAUCCAAAAUGUAGGAAGGAUUGCGUUUUAAAAACACACAGGGCCGCAUCUUUGUAACUGUAAAACCAAAUGUGAGGCCGUUCCCUCUUGUUAAUCAAUAUUUUGCUCUUCAUCACACAAGUCAAUGACAAAACAAGUGCCAGGCUAGCAUGACACAACCCGUACUGUAGUUUCCAUAUUGCCACCGGCUACUUUCCACCAGCAAGUUGGUUGAUUGUAGCACCUCGUGCCAACCUGACCCCAGCGUCUCUGUCCCUUGUCAGCUUUUCAAACUGUACAUGAUAUUGUCUUAAAACGGUGAUGUGUUUUUGUAUGUGAGAGUGAAUGAUGGGGUGGACUUUUUUUUUUUUUAGAUGUAUUUGCUAAUAAAAAAAAAAAACCAAAGCACUUUGUAUAGUACUUUUACAAUGAUGUACCUCCAUUAGAGUUGAACAUGUAUAAUGUGACCAUUGGUGGUUGAGUGGAAAUCCUGGGCUACACCACUACAGCUCUUAAAGGUUGGUUGGAGGGACUGAAGUUUGUUUAGUUUUUUUUUGUCUGAUGCACACAAGAGAUGAACAGUCUCUUAGUUUUACCACAAAUCAAUCCUGUUUAAUGUGUGAACAAGCUUUUAUUUCUUCUUUCUGCCUUAUUUUCACACCUGGAUGUUUCUUUCAUGCUGGAGGAAAAUGUGUGCAAUGCUUUCUGUAGCCAUUAACAGACCAACGCUCCAGGAUGCCUUCAAAACUAAGGACUAUCUCACAGCAUCUUCACCAGAACAACAUGCAACAGGGUUCUGUUUAUGUUUUGUCUUGUACAUGUUCCUCACAUUGAUCCGUGUACAGUUUAUUUAUUAUUUCCGUACAAUGGAAAAGUAGUGUUUAAGGUUUAGUCCUUAUUUGUAGUUUGAUUUGGCAGAAUGACUUCUGGGACAGGUUACUCGACUUUUUUCCUCCACUUUUCACAUUUUAACAGCAAUUAACAUACAUAAGCAAAGUUACACAUUUUCAUGUUUUGUCUGUAUGCAAACUAGUUGAGUGUCAGCUUUUUGAAACAUUUCUCCUUUUUACUGUCUUCUCUGUUGUCAUUGCACACCAAUAUUCGUGGAGGUUAUGGUCCAUUCUGUGACAAUUUUAUAGUGGUUCUAAAAGUCAUCAGAGAUCAGAAUUUCUAUACCACAGCUUUGACAAUCCAAUCUGUUGUUUAACUGCGGGUGUUUUUGCCCUCUUUCCAACUAGAACUGUAUGC